AGACCAGGAAUAUCCGAGCAGACAGACCAAUCAGAAACGGAGGAGCAACACGCUACUCGACACUAACCACUGGUGCAGUCCACUGUUGCCACACAUCUCUGACAGAGGAGGAACUUGUGAAAUAGUAACCAGUGACUAACCUCAUUCGAAAUGUUUAUUCGCGUCUUAGAAAUUGUAUAUUUCAUUUAUUUUGCAUCGCACAUUCCAAUCACUGUCCUCAUUGAUUUUCAAGCUUUACUUCCUGAACAUGUGUAUCCACACGCGCUGAAAAACGUAUUGCAGUGGUAUGCUGCCGAAUUCAAGGAUCCAAUGGUGAUGGACCCACCUGUGUGGUUUAGAUCUUUUGUAUUCUGUGAGGCUCUUGUGCAGCUGCCCUUUUUCCCAGUCGCAGCGUACGCCUUUCUGAAGGGUGGCUGCAAAUGGAUCAGAACACCAGCAAUUGUUUAUUCCGUUCAUGUGGCCACCACUCUGGUCCCAAUUUUAGGCCACAUCCUUUUCCAUAACUUUCCUCUGGUACCACAUCCAGGUCCGCAAACUCUGCAUGAGCGUCUGACCCUGGUAUCUAUUUAUGUUCCAUAUCUUAUCAUCCCUAUCAUGAUUCUGCUCACCAUGCUUUACAGCACAGCUUAUAACUCAUCCUCUCCAAGUGGAAGAGCUUCCUCAAAGUCCAAGAAACAAAGAUAGAUGUCAGUUCAUCCCUUCCAUAGACUUCUACACAUUCCACUGUCAUUUUGAAAUGUGUAUGUAAGGCUGGAUUCAUUGUAAAUGACUUCUGAAAUGUAAUCUGGUACUGAUUACAAAUUACACAAAUUUGGAAAUUAUAUGAAAACUUUGCACAUUAAAGGGAUAGUUUGCCCAAAGAUGAAAAUUCUCAUGCCAUCCCAGAUGUGUUUGACUUUCUUUCUUUUGCUGAACACAAAGAUUUUUAGAAGAAUAUUUCAGCUCUGUAGGUCCAUAUAAUGUAAGUGAAUGGUGGCCAGAACUAUGAGGGUCCAAAAAGCACAUAAAGGCAGCAUAAAAGUAAUCCAUAAGACUCCAGCGAUUAAAUCCAUGUCUUCAGUAUUGAUAAUUGUUGUGGGUGAGAAACAGAUCGUUUUUUUUACUGUAUAUCUCCACUUUCACUUCUUUUGUUUUGGCGAUUUGCAUUCUUUGUGCAUAUUGCCACCUACUGGGCAGGUAGGAGAUUUUAUUAUUUAUAAUAAAAAAUAACUUAAAUAUUGAGCUGUUUCUCACCCAAAACUAUCACGUUUCUUCUGAAGACAUGGAUUUAACCACUGGAGUCUUAUUGAUUACUUUUAUGCUGCCUUUAUGUGCUUUUUGGACCUUCAAAGUUCUGGCCACCAUUCACUUGUGUUAUAUGGGCAUACAGAGCUGAAAUAUUCUUCUAAAAAUCUUUGUGUUCAGCAGAAGAAAAAAAGUCAUACACAUCUGGGAUGACAUGAGGGUGAGUAAAUGAUGGGAGAUAUUUCAUUUUUGGGUGAACUAUCCUUUUAAAAUUGUUUUCAUUUAGUUGCCAUAGCUUCCUUAUGUUUUGCACUUUUUGCCCUAAAGCAGUAAUUGUUUGCAUAUUUUGUUUACCGAUGACAAAAUACACAUAUGUAAUUGCAAAAUAUAUUUUUAUUCAAGUGUACUUCAAAUUUGUAUUAAGUUUUUCAAAUAUUGAGAUAACACACCUGAUGAUCUACACAGUAAGGUAAAUGUAAACAAAUAAUAAAUGAAUGCACUAUUUGGUCUGCUUUCUAUCCAAUGCAAAA